GCCACACUUGCCAUCCGAGGGCGUACUCAUGGUGGACGCUUCGAGACUUAUCGAUGCCUUGGGGCGAGAUGACCUUGAUCAACGAGCUGUUGCAGACCAUCUCGUACGUUUGGCCAAGGGGCUCAAGCAUAUUGCUGCCGUGGCGGGGAGUGAAGACCCGUUAGCAACGGGCGUCACACUGGCUCCGAACGCAGAAGAACCCCCACCAGGUUUAGAGGGAGACCCUGCAGUAGCUUCCCCGACCACAGCAGUCACGACCACCCAUCAGCCAGGAGAGAAAAUGCCCCAAGAUCAUAGCAUGGGUGAACAGCAAGCGGAGCCAAUUCGAGAAGAAAAGGUUGGGUCGAUCCAAGAAGAGAAGGAGAUACUUGCCGGGGAAGAACCGGCGCACGAGCAGGUGGUGAAGACUGACGAAGCUGUUCAGCAGCAAGCGAACACGGCGCCACAGCCGCGCGGCGACCUAUUGCUGGAGCUUAUACGGAGCUUUCGAGGAGGGAUGUUGAGAGUGGAUAGCAACCUCAGGGCUGCAAUGUUUCGGUCUUUGCGGUACCUGGCAUCCGGUGCCAUCACUCCUGUUUGCGUGGUUCGCACGAGCGAGGAUGCUGAGCUCCUCCGAAGACAGCGCUUCGGCCUCUUCAUCGCCCUCGCCUUAGCGCGGGAGCAGUACGAGCUGUGGGAACGGAUGCAGGCGCUCAAGCUGGUGAAGCAAAUAAUGGCGGUCGACUCUUCGCGGCUACCUCGUGAAGUCGUGCGCACAGUGGUGGCUGUCUCCGGUCACAAAGAGGACAACUUCCGAAGGGCAACUUUUUGCGUGUGCCUGGAAACCUUGCAGGAGUUGGCUGUCGCUGAUCCUCGCGUGGUUGCGCAUGCCAACGGCUUCCGCGUGCUGUUGGCAGCUGCCAUCGAUCCAGCAAACCAGGACCUGACGGAGCCGCUGGUAAGAACACUCACGUCCAUCAUCGAGGACCCUGCCACGAGGCGAUACGUGCGGCCUCACCUGGAAAUUCACCAGCUGCUGACCGGGUUCACGGAUCUUGACGCCCCUCCAGGACCCGAGAGAGCUCAUAGGUGGCAGGCUACACGUAAGGCCUUGGUCAUAGCAAUGCGCACUUGGGCAGGCGUGCACCUCUUGGCGUCGGAUUCCCGCGGGCUCGUGACGCUGAUGCGGCUUCUGCGGGACCCAUCGGCGUCAUUCAGCGACGACGCCGGGUUACAAGAUAGCAUUUUGGAGACCAUCGUGGACAUCUUCGAUCCUCUCGUGGGCAUGGGCAGGACACCUUCAUCAGCCGAGCCGGGGCGAGAAAGUAAGCUGCCUGCCCCAUUCUCAGGGAGGUCGGCAACACUUCCACACAAGAGCGCGGGAUCUGGGUUGCGAACAAGGAGAGGCUCGGAGCCACACAACCUGUUGCUGAGCUAUGCAACCUUGUUGUGCGCAGCGUUCGUUCACUGCGGCCUUAUUCCUAGCCUCACUACGCUAAGUAUUUCGGCUGGAUCGGAGAAGCUGCGAACCAAGGCUGCAACACUACUGGUGGAUGUGCUACACUUGUGCGCCAUGCUUCUAUCGCAGAAUCAAUGCACGCGACUUCUUUCGAUGCCAGGCCUGGUUGAGAUCGCGGCAGAGUCUCUAACAGGGUGCAUGGGAAUCGCUGAAGGCGGGGUGCGAUCGUGUCACUUAACACGUAGUCGGGCGUCAAGGGCGAGUGACUUGGUUCGAUUGCUGCAUCGAGCCCUAGGCGCCGGAGCUGUUGGUCCUGUUUCCGCAUAUUUUGGGCAGCAGGGCCAGACGGAGCAGCCGAUGGUCACCAUUGGGGGCCUUAUGGAGAAGGUUUACGAGGCGGAAUCAGCAAUCGACAGCGGUAUGGAUACGCAUCAGAGCCAGGGCUGGGAGCCCACAGGGACCUUGGAACAGAUGCGGAAAGAGCUCCGAGUCAGCAUUGAGUCAAGCGUCGAGAAGAGUGUCAUGGAAGCCCAGAUGAACAAAAGCAAGGUGUUGGCUACCAAGGACUGGACGAAGUGGGACUGGGAUGUUGUGGAUGACAUCGUGCAGGAUAUUCUUCCCCACUCACCCCGGUUGAUAGACGCGUUACGCACGAAAUGGAUCAAGCGCGUGUCGGGAUUCUACCGCUUUGUAGGCGCAAGCGGCACUUCAACCGAACGGGGAGGAGGUGGGGGACUUCACAAUAUGCGGUGGGAUCCAGACCACAUUCGCCAUAUCGCCUGUGCUGGACGGCUGUACUCUCUUUUGCUUCAGCAGCAAGAGGGGCUCCACUUCCUACAGACAGACGCUAGAGGAGGUGUUCUGCAGGAAACGGUCAAAGAGCUUCAGGCGUUGGUCACAAGAAGAUGCAGCGGGAGUGGAUCGGGCAGGUUUGCAGCCGCGUCGAAGGUUUUCGAUAUGGACUCAUGCCAGCGGAAUCUAAGUGGAGGCUACAUCACGCUUUUGUUCAGCGUCGCCGCCGGAACUGAAGCAGGGCGACAACUCCUUUCAGAUACGGGUCUCUGGGAUCAUCUCGCUAGGAUGGGCAGCCAGUCGGAGCUGGACUACAUGAGCCGCCUUAUCUUGGCGAAGAUCGACCUCGCCUCCGAAAAGUGCUUUCCUCGGGAUCAGCUAGAAUCAUGGAUGACGACAGGCUCAAGCCACCUUCGGCUGUUUUCAAUCAACAGAAUGCGAAUCGCGUUGAGAAAUUCCAGCGCGGCGAACCGUCGGCUGAGAAAUCCUGUACUGACAGCUCACGGCGGAAGCACCACGCCCUCGGACUACGCUCGUUCGGAAGGGUGGUGCAUUGAGAUGCUGGUGGCUCAGGUACAUGGCGACGACCCAGCCGUUGCUCGGGCUGCUCUUUCCGUGCUGGAGGAGGCCACGCAAGACGAGCGCUGCCUGCGAACUCUUGUAUCGGCCAAGCCGGACUUGAUCCACAAACCAGGAGCAAACAAUCUGCUUAUGCGCUUCCUGUCAAUACCUGAGGGUAUCGUGUAUCUCGAGGAACACGGAUGGGCGGAACAAAUGGUACGGGAGUGGAAAGACAGCGGCCGUACGACGACGUACGCCGACAGCGUCGACAUGAAGUGGAAGACGCAUGUCAACGACGUGGAGCAUGUGGAGGAAAACCUGAGCACGGAGCCGAUGUCAAAGCAUGAACACGACAUGAGCGACUCUGGCGUGGCGAUCCCAAUCAGGAUGAGCAACAUGUCGCAAGAUGCCGGAGUUGAGGGGCCACAGGAAGGGCGUGAAGUAGAGCUGCUCAUGAGCCUUCCGUGGAAUAUUGAGGUCAUGCUGUCAACAGAUUCGACUUCCACGUCAGGCUUGCAGCUGAGGUUAGACACCUUUGUUGACACCCUACCAAAGGACGACUCUCCAAGCGUGGGAGCAACCGCCAGGGGCACUCCAGGCGCGACUAAAAUGGUGGUGCGUGGCAUUGUGGUGGAUCCGGCCGGUAAACCAACGUGUCAUCCAUUGGAGGCGCACCUCACCAUUCAUGCACGGCUAUGUGUUGGCGCUUGUGCUGUGGACCGCAGGGGGAACGUACAACGGAGUCCAACCUCCUCGCUGAUGGAUAAGCACACGGCACCGUUCGGACGGAGCCGCUCGAGCCGACCUCCGCGGUCGCAGUGGUCACCGCAGCACGGCCGAGUCGAUCAUCACAGCUUGUUUGGAACCAGCACGAUGUAUCGGGGCGUGCAAGGAAUGCAGGACUUCGGACCUGGGCGUGAACUGCCCGAAGAUCCGUCAGACAUGGAGCACCAGUUGUUCUGGUCGACAUGUCGGCCCCAUCAGAGGGUGCCCCCAUCCCCACUUGUUGUCAACCCUGGGUCCGACAACGGCAAGGAUGACAGCCGGUCUGGGCUAGGCAUGCAUACUGUGUCACCGCUAUCGAACUCCUUGCACGACGAGGCCCUUGACGGGGACGAACAAGAGGCUUUUUUGCCGGCGGCAAGGGCUGAUCCGGUCGGCAAGAGCGAUGCCGAGGCCGACGACGGGGAAACCCUGCAAGAAAGCGCACGAUCCGCCAUGAUUGGGCGUGAGCGCGUUGUGCGUGUGCCGAAUGAGACGGCGCGUUGGGUGUUCACCAAUCAACCCCAGUCAGAGGAUACAAUUUCUACGCAGGCGAAGACAGUUGUUAUUGACAAUUCGAGCGUCACGUACCUCAAGGCGGUCGAGAUGACGAUUUCGUUGAAGGACAUGGGGCCGGCGGGCAUCUUGCUUCCACCCCACCUGUAUGGCGAGUUGGCUAAAACAGAGAGAGGCUGCGAGCUUUUGCGAAAACAUGGCGAUCUCAACAAUCUGCUCCACAUUGCGAGGAACUCUGGCGCUGCGGCAGAUGACCGCAAGGGAGCACUGUGGGCAGUGGCGCACGUCAGUAGCUGGCCUCUCGGUCUAGCUCUCCUUGAAGAACUUCGGGGCGAUGUCGUGGGCAUGCUGCUCAAGAUGUGCACGUCGGAAUCGCACUUAUCUGUGUGGGGGACGUCGUUUUGCGUCGUAAGUUUGGUGGCACGCACAGCACGAGGACGGGCGGCGAUCAGGGCGGCGGGGUGGGAGAGCGCGAGGGAUCCCAGCACGAGCGCGUUCUUGCCGCAGGACCCAACGGUUUUAUUCCAGCCCGUACCAUGGAAGUUUGAAGGGUCGCCAACGCGAGGCCUGGACCAGCAACCAGGCGAUCCUAUCAUCGAGAACUUGCGAAGGGACCUGGGGCGGACAAGAGACGCGGACAUCCUGGAUCAGGUUGUAAAAUUGAGCAGCCAUAUAUCGCGGAAGGAAGCGAUGAGAAAACUCAGCCGAAUGCGCAAGGACAAGGCUUUCAAAGAGUCCUUCACGAACAGUCUCCCGGUGUUCCUUCUGGUGCACCAGCUCCUCGCCGACUACAGCUUUUCACUGCCCAUGCGACGAUAUAUUUUCGAGCUCUUUGAACAGGUGGCACCAGGCAGCCUCAACUGGGAACCAUACGUCGCAUGAGCAACGUCUACCGCCUGUAGAGCUGUACCCAUGACGUGGACUCCGGCCGUUAGUCUGUCAUAUCGCUUCUGUUGCGUGUGGUAGCAGCUUGGGAUACAAGUUUAUCUUGGGCUUGGCCUCAUGUCGAUCCCUUGCGUAUUCCAAACAAACAUGCUUCACCCGCGGAAGGUGAAAGGGUAAUUCUGUAUCAUGGGCAUCAAGCGCAAACCUUUAGUGUUGACUCCCUGUGUUGUGCAACGUAAAAUGGUCUCCACUGACCUGUAUCCUCUCUGAAGUCUGUAUGUAGGAUAAAUGUUGCGAGAAUUGUUGAGCACUUCUUCGUUUUCCCGUGAGCAAAGAAAGGCUAACUAAGUUUUGGAACGUCACGACCUGCUCUUCUUGAAACCGUAAACAAUCUCACACCCUGUUUUUGGCCCAUUCGAUCUUUGACUCCGAGACGUUGAGGAAAGCUAAAAACCGCAUCCAACGAAGUGUAAAGACUAGUGCAGACAGGUACUGGGUAGAGAUCGGAACUGUUUUUAUUGUGGAGAUAUGCAUGACCACAACCAAUUGGGGGUCCAUGGUUGUGUGCGUGGCGGUGAUUCCAUGCGACCACGAAUCGCUCUAAACUGCCUUUGGGACACGUGUGUGCCACACCGAACGCAGAACCGGGAAGAUCGAGAUCACAUUACACCAGGCAGCACUUUUAGCUGCUGCUCACCUUCGCCCGUGCUCCAAACGAAGGGCGCGACUGAUAGCUGACAGCACCUUUUGUUGGCGCAGGAGGAUGCAGGAAUAGCCAGGCCUCACACCGUGUGAGAAGGCUUAGGAAUUGCUUCUGAGCUUUCCGCUACAGGACUUGCGUCUGAGCUUUCUGCUACAUACUAGACCACGCGAGGCCGGCAAAUGUCCGCAGACAUGGGGACGAGCGUUAAUAGUCUAUACGGAAGCGCCUAUUUACAAUCCAUGGAUUGUCAGAGAGAACUACAGGCCAAAUAGGCGCUUCCGUACUAUAUAAACUAGACACCACAUCCCGUUCAAUGUGGGAAUAUCUCGAACGGAUAGUCUUUCUGUUUGUGUAUUUAUUUUUUCUAAUAUAGUGCUACGAGCAACCCUUGGAGCACACAGGAAACAGCAGUGGAGUGGAUACAUGAUCAGUCUUUCUGUUUCUGUUUCUGUUUUAUUUUCUUAAUAUCACACAACAAAUCCAUCUCUUUGGAAUAAUUCUAAGAUAGAUUAGCAAUGAAUCCAUAGCGUGAGCGAAAGGCAACCUGUAUUUCUACGGUUUACCAGACAGCAUACAACGAUGUCUCCCCUGUGGGUAACAGGCUCAACAAAGCAGUUUGGUAGCCAUCUUGUGUAUUCAUCUGUAUGUUAUGUUGGGAAGUUGUAGACGGAAGAUAUAGGGGAACUCGGUUUGUCGGGUGUUCUAUCAUGGCACCCUCAUGUGGUUGCGGAGCAAGCGCGUCUCGGGGUGUGUAUAUUUUCGUCAACAUAUUUUUGUGUGUGACGUAUGGGGGCAUGUGCGGCGCGGGAGAACAUAUUCACCUUGUUGUGUAAUGUAAUGGCAUGUCGUUAAAUGUGAGAAGGGCACGGGAGAACAUUAUCUCAUCAUUGCCUCCUGACGUGGCCGCCGAUAGAGGCGUGUGGUUGGGGUUUCAUCACUGACAUGUGGGUGUGUGUGUGUUAAAUGCAGUGGGUAUGGUCGCCUCUCUCGCCCGUCUGUCGGCACAAGGCUAACUUACCCUAAGAAGGUACACUCAUAGAAUUGCCCCGAGGGGUCCGCAAGUUAACAGAAAUCAACGACAGAUAUGCUGGAGUCCUUCACUCCCUCUGCGCGCUAUGCGAGGUUUGACCGUGUAUGGGUAAGGGGAGUUACUCCCCUUACCCAUACACGGUCAAACCGGGGAGUACUCCUAAGGAUCAGGAUCAGGAUCAGAAUCGCCUACACUCCGAGAGAACCACUCGAACCGGCAAGAGAACUACCUCAUAAUUCCGCCGCGUCCCCUUCACCCCAGCUGACAGAAUACGUACGUUUUCUACUCACAUCUGUCGCUGGGGCGACGAUGGCGCAAUUUGAUCCCAAGCUUAUUGUCUGCCAGAUAGUGGCGCUUCAAAGCUUCUACUAUGUUGCGAUGGGCGUCUUUCUCGGGAGCUUCAGGGCUGUUUUUGGGACACAGGUGGGGACACGAUUGAUAUUCUCAGGGGAGCUCGUGUCGUUGUCGACCACAGCAGGAUGGACAGCAAUAUGCUGUCAGGUUCUCACGGCGAUAUCAGGAGCACUUCUACUGCCUAUGAUCGUGGAGAGGGCCAAGAAAUGCUUGGACUUCACUUCGACCCUGUACAUAAUACACUUAGCAAUUUGCUCUUUUUAUGACGGAAUCCCCCACAACUGGGAAUGGUGGAUACUCCAGUUGGCGUCGUUGGCGCUGAUGGUAGUCUUAGGUGAAUAUGCUUGUUCCCGGCGGGAGUUGCGAGAUAUUCCUCUGUUCUCUCCGCUGCCAACUCAAGUAUGACAUGACGCGGCAGGGCUGCAAGUAUGACUGAGCAUUACUCUCGUUGCUGCUCAGGCAGAGCAUCCUCUUGCUCCUACAAGGACUGCUGAUGUUUUUGUUGGGUGAGGAGUCGAGACCACCAGCAAAACUUCUUCUUCGGUGAUUGUUGUGGCUUGGAGGAUACCGAUACCUUGGGGUUGCUCUAAAGCUGUGAACAGAGUAGUGCUGCCCCUUUUCCCCGCCUUUUAGCCUACCGUUCAUGUGCUUUGUGGGUGUAGUUCGUUCCGUUUCAUGUCGACCUUGUGUUUGACCUCUUAUGCCUGGGGAGAAUGUUGAGGGUAAAGGGUGACGGGUGACGGGCUCGUGUUCUUCAUGUGUUUGGAAGUACCCAAAUGACUUCGCUUAUUUAGGUUGUGUGCGCGUUCUAUCUAGGUGGGAGCGGUAUCGUGUAGAUUCUGUCACCAGUGUUUUUUGUUGUUCUGCACGCGGCUAGCUGAUGGCAACUCAUGACGUCUCCACAACGAUAGAGCGUAGAUCCACUGAUGAACCACGCUACAUCUACGAAGUAUCUCUGUCCUGCAGCUCGCCCAAGCGUUUGGAAGCGAGACGUUAAUCUGCGAUCGAUGUUUUUUGUCAACAAUCGAGCUGCUCUGCUCUCAAGAGAAUGUUU